UCUCCACUUAUAGCACCAACACAUUAAAACAACCUCUCUUCAUUUUCGUAUCUCUUCUUGUUCUGUUCCAAAACCAGACAAAUACUAAUGGGAGGAAACAGAUCAAAAAGUAGCAAGAGGUUCUCUCUCUUCAGCUUCUUUAAAACAAGAAGAUCUCAUAGAGUGGAAGUAGACGCCUCUUGGGACGACGUGGUUUACACUCGCAAAGCAAUGGCUAGUGACGAAGACAAACGUUAUUGGGUGGCUGAACCUGGUAUCGACCGCAAAGCUUCUGCCUUCAUCGCCAAGUUUCAUGCCACUCGUGUCUCUGAGUCUGAGCGCCAAACUCUUUCUCCUUACCAAUCCGAGAAGGCAUGCUGAUGAAUGAUGAUGAUGAUGAUGAUGAAUGUGAUGAUCAAAGGUUGAUUUGAUUCUAUGUAGAUUGUUUUCUAUUUAUAUGACGUGUCCUUUAUUAUGAGAGUAUAUUGAUUGUGUCUUAAUUGUAGUUAAUAAUGGAUCCUUUUUGGGGUAAAAAUAUUUAUACUAGAUCUUUAAUUAA